GGGAAUGCUACUUAUCGCAGGGGCGGACGCGUGCGCGUCAUGAUAAUAGGGCGUGCUUGUCACGCGGAGCCUAUUAUGCCUGCUGCGAGGCCUGCUUGAGGUGAAGCCUUUGUGUACCUCGUCGGAUCGUACGGGGUUGCCGUUCGCGGAGAGUUGCGAAGGAGACAGCUUCUAGCCUCUCGCGUCGGCGGCGAAGCGGUAUCGUCCUCUCCUGACCGUUUCUUGCUCUACAUUGCCUUCCCUGGAGCGCUACGUGUUCGCGACGACGCGACGGUCAUGACGCGACCGCUGCAUUUCACGGGUCUGCGGGCUGGGAAAAAUGAGCCGAUAAGCGUCGUGACGGGGAGUGUGACAGUUGCCAUAUGGGGACGGGUGCGAUGCGCCGAGGCACGAAUUCAAAAGCCGAUCGCGUGUCUAAAGAUGCCUCGCUUCUCGCGAACUCCCUCGUCUUUCCUUUCACCCCAACCGUCUCCCUCGCGCCCACACACCCCUCGCUCCCCGUCCCUCCCGCCACUCCCGACGACGACGAACGACGACUGUCCCUCCCCACGAAAUAAUCGCUAUCACCGUCGCUGGCCGAACUAACCUCUGACGACAUCGCUACAUUAUUAAUGCAAGGCCUGCCGCUCUAAACUUCUCCAAUGGACGCCGCACCCUCCACUUCCGCUACCUUCGCGGACGCGUCCCGCCAGUCGCAGGCUGUACAUCAUCAAUACGGUACUAGAACGCGUCAGAAUUCUAUAAUGCGGCCAUCCGCUCGUCUACGCCAAUCGCCCGAUCUGCCGUCGACCACCACCACCCCGGCGCUCAGACGCAUAAAACCACUCAUGAUCUCAAAGUCAAAUAAUGUCCCCGCGGUCUCAUCGCCGUCAUCAAACGACUCGAAUGCGCUCACGUUUCCCCCGCCGCAUGUCGUAUUGCAUCCCGACGACGCGUCAAAUAAGGUCUUCUUAGCGAUCGGCCGUUCUCUGCUCGCGGUGAACAAUAAGGCCGUUACCAUCAAAGAACUCGCCGAAAUGACCCUCAAGAACGGACUGCAUUGCCAGAACGUGUCCGCCGCGUCCCAGGCUAUCACUACCUUCAUCCGCGCGCACAUGCAUCGAUGUGAUGUCGAGCAAGAUCAUCCCUUGCUCCUCCGCCACGUGCUGUCGGGCACACCCUCGGACGACGACCUCCUCCCCGCCCUCCACUCGCGCUCGGGCGGCGCGCACUGCAAUCCGCCCACCGGCGACAACCGGCUCACCAACUUUCGCAAGGGCACCAUGGUUUGGUACCUCAGCAAGGCCGCCGGCGCGCCGUGCCCCUUCAGCCGCGCCGGGAUCAGGCUGUGCGACUACGGCGAGAACGGGAAGGUGGGGUAUAUGCCGACGACGGACAGGGAGAAGAAGAGGGAGAGGGACCGUGCUAGGCGGGCGGCGAACCGGGGGCUGAAGAGGAAGAGGCUACCCAGAGCGUGCGCGGACAAGGGCGCGGCGUCGGAUUCGGGCUCGGACGCGGAGAAACCGCCGCCGAAGGUGAAGCUGACGCUGCGCCUCAAGCCGAGCCUCAUCCGGGCGAGCUUGUCGCCUUCGACGCCGUCGCCGUCUUCCGUGUCGCCGACCGCGUCUGCUACUCGAUCAAGAGAAAUCGUCGACUUGUCCAAGAUGUCCGACUCGGACUCCGACUCGGAUGACUCUGACGAUUCUGCGGAUGUGUCUGAAGACGACUCGGUCUCCAUGUCUCCGGUUGUGGAGUCCCAUCCCGUGCCAGAUGUUCCGAUGGAUCAACGACCUUCACCCGCGUAUCCGUCAGUGCGAGCUACUUCCAUGCCGCCUUACACGGUAUCGUCAGACGGCCGGUGCCUAUCCUUCGCAUUACCUCCUUCGGUGGAAGCUCCUGUCGUGCUGCCCUUCCGCAGAUCUGCGUCCGUCACCCAUAGCGACGCCUCGCCCCCUCCAGACUCUGAUGACGAGGUCCCCGCUGAUGGCCACGAUUGGGACUCGGCCGGGGCUCGGCGGUACUCGUCUGCCGAGGAGCCGCCCUUCUCUGAUGAUGAGGAUAUGGAUGCCGACUGGGCCUUCGACGCGGAUGAGGACGAGGAAUUCGGAGAGAGCGAUAUCGAGACGCAUUGGGAGGAUAGCCCUGCGCCUCAGUCGCCUCCCUCCGCUGCGGAUCUGGACGAUGUUGUGGUCAAGCAGGAGCCGAGCGAUCCAAGCGCGUGGGCGACCAUGGACGAACGUUCGAAGGUUGUCGAGAUCGUCAUGCAGGCUGCUGCUGGCGGACUGUCGUCGGUCAAGACGGAGGACUUCGACACGUGGGACUGGAAGCAGUACCGCACGCAGUCCCCGACAUGGCUCAUGGACGACGAUGACGCUGCCCAUGUUAAGGAGGAGGACGAGGCUGACGUCGAUGGGUACUUUGCCGACGUCUCGUUCGCUGCUGGGGCCGAUAGCAGCAGACGCUCGUCAUCGCCAACGCUCGACUUUACCGCGCUCACCCUUCACUCCCCCGUAUCACCUACCGUACCUCGCCGGAUUCCACCUUCGACUUCCCAUCAACCCAGCGAACUUCAGUGGACGGAUGUGCAGCUUCUCGGGCCCGAUACCGUGGAGGAGCGCGAGUUUGAUGAUCGCGAGUGGAGAGGUGGCCGGCGUCCUACGCUCUCGAUGACGGACACGGCCGUUCCUCCUAGUCGCGUCAACACGCCGUUACCCACUGCUCCCGUGGAAUCGAAAUCUGACGUACCUUCUCCCUCCCCAAGUUUGUCGUCGAUGCCCUCGCUGUCGUCCUCUGUUCGUUCCUUGGAUUCCCCGGAGGUUCUCACAGAGAGCGCUUCUUCCCCCUUCUUCCGGCCGAGUCCUGCGUCCUCGCCGGAUGCUCGUGCACGACAAGCUUCGGCAUCAUUCGCAUCCACGGGCUCGCAAAUGGACGACAGCUCCGCACCAGAACCCCGCUCGACAACGGAAACGAAGCGCACGUCGCAGUCGUCCAUCAGAACGGUGCGGCCUGGCGACGCUCUGUGGGAAGAAGACGUGCCGCGAUGGGACAUCGUUGAGGAUCAUAUUCUUUCGGUUCACCCACCCUUCGAUUCACUCGACAUCAAACCGCUCGCUGCCGAAGACGCGUUGGCCACAGAUACCCCGCUUAGCCCCACCGAGGAGGAGAUGUUCCACACGCUGUGUGGCAUUCCUGAUUGGGAGGUGCAGCCUUGCACGAUGUCCACGACGGAACCCGUCGACGUCGACGUCGCCGCCGCUGCCUCUCCCGCCGCGGACAGCAACAAGCCGCUACGACGCUCCAAACGCGUCGCUGCCCAUGCUGCCACCGUGGCCGUCCGGGAACGCACGAUGACGAGGCGAUCUAGCAAAAGGACCGCCUCCGCGACGAAAUCUUCGAGAUGAUUGAUGACGACGAACACCCCCGUUUCCGCCACGCACUGAAUAAUCGAUUUACCAUAUUCCUUCCUCCCGUCCCGGUCUGCCCCAGCACGGUUCGCUUUCUGCAUGUAUUAUUGUUAAAACCCAUGCCCCUCGUUGGACCUGCGAUAUUCAGCUGUGAAGCUUAGAACUGUAUCCAAUACGUGCGCCAGAGUCCUCUUCGCCUUUUCUAUUUCUUCUUCUCGUCGUCAACGUCUCUUCGCACCCACUCGUCGCGCGAGGCGGUCCGGUAUUCACCCAGGCCGACGACUCUUGGUUUUCGGGCCGGGAGCGUCCGUCGGCGAUCAAUGAUUGAGGGUUGGGAGUAAGGUCGAAGGCCUGCUGCCGUUGGAGGAUCCAAAGUAGUAAACACCGCUCAGCUAUAUAGUCUUGUCGUUAGUCCUGUACGUUAGCCAAUACAAGCUAGUGUGUAAAGU